UCACCAGUGUUCACCGGAGCUCGACCGUAGCCUGUCACCCAGACAGCCCGCUGCUAUCUCAUCCGUCCUGUCCUGCUGCAGGAAGAAACACCGACAAAGCUGGGAAGCUGGACCAGUGCUACACACAUACAACCGCAUGAGGAGCAUAAAACUUUUUACUGUCACCGUGAACGUAAAUUUAACUGCUUGAAGGAUUUCACUUAGUCGUGUGCCUGUGCUGACUGGAGGUAAAUCAUGGAGGAUGGGAAGCCAGUGUGGGCGCCCCACCCCACUGACGGGUUCCAGCUGGGCACGAUCACUGACAUAGGAGCCGACACACUCACCAUAGAACCGCUGAACCAAAAGGGCAAGACUUUUCUUGCUCCGAUGAACCAAGUCUUCCCUGCUGAGGAUGAUGUCAACAAGCAUGUAGAUGACAACUGUUCCUUAAUGUACUUGAAUGAAGCCACUCUCCUCAACAAUGUUAGAGUGCGGUACAGUAAAGACCACAUCUAUACAUAUGUGGCAAAUAUCUUGAUAGCUGUUAAUCCAUACUUUGACAUUCCAAAACUGUACGGCCCAGAUGCCAUCAAGUCAUACCAAGGGAAGUCACUGGGCACCCUGCCACCUCACGUCUAUGCUAUAGCGGACAAAACCUACAGGGACAUGAAGGUUUUGAAGAUGAGCCAGUCCAUCAUAGUUUCAGGUGAAUCUGGUGCAGGAAAGACUGAAAACACCAAGUUUGUUCUCAGAUAUCUGACCACAUCAUAUGGAAGCGGUCAAGACAUUGAUGAGAGAAUUGUUGAAGCAAACCCCCUUCUUGAGGCCUUUGGAAAUGCAAAAACAGUCCGAAACAAUAACAGCAGUCGCUUUGGGAAGUUUGUAGAAAUCCACUUCAACAGCAAGAACGCAGUUGUGGGUGGAUUCGUCUCACAUUACUUGUUGGAGAAGUCAAGGAUUUGCAUGCAAAGUAAUGAAGAGAGGAACUACCACAUCUUCUACAGACUAUGUGCGGGAGCAUCUGAAGACCUAAAGAAGAAAUUACACCUUGACUCUCCAGACAAUUUCAGGUACCUGAACCGAGGAUGCACCAGAUAUUUUGCCAGUAAGGACUCCGACAAACAAAUCAUGCAGAAUCGUAAGAGUCCUGAGGACAAUAAGCACGUAAAGACGGGCGCUCUAAAGGACCCUCUUCUGGAUGACCACGGUGACUUUAACAGGAUGUGUGAGGCCAUGAAAAAGAUUGGUCUGAACGACACAGAGAAGCUGGACCUGUUCAGGGUUGUCGCUGGUGUCCUCCAUCUGGGCAACAUUGAUUUCGAGGAAACAGGCAGCUCUUCGGGUGGUUGUGUCCUAAAGAAUCAGUGCAAUGACUCUCUUCAGUACUGUGCUGAUUUGUUGGGGCUGGAUCAGGAUGACCUACGCGUCAGCCUCACAACAAGGGUGAUGCUCACUACAGCAGGGGGCGCCAAAGGAACAGUUAUCAAGGUGCCUCUAAAGGUGGAGCAAGCAAACAAUGCCCGCGAUGCCCUGGCCAAGGCUGUGUACAGCCGCCUCUUCGAUCACGUGGUCAAACGAGUGAACCAGUGCUUCCCCUUCGAGACCUCCUCCAACUUUAUUGGAGUGUUGGACAUUGCUGGGUUUGAGUAUUUUGAGCAUAACAGCUUUGAGCAGUUCUGUAUCAAUUACUGCAAUGAGAAACUGCAACAGUUCUUCAACGAACGUAUUCUCAAGGAGGAGCAAGAGCUCUAUCAAAAGGAAGGGCUGGGUGUGAAUGAGGUGCAUUAUGUUGACAACCAGGACUGCAUAGAUCUAGUGGAAGCAAAGCUGACGGGAAUCCUGGACAUUUUGGAUGAAGAGAACCGUCUUCCGCAAGCCAGUGACCAACACUUUGCACAGGCUGUUCACAGCAAGCAUAAAGACCACUUCAGACUCACGGUUCCCAGAAAGUCAAAACUGACCGUUCACAGGACUCUCCGAGAUGACGAAGGCUUUAUCAUCAGACACUUUGCUGGAGCAGUCUGCUAUGAAACAAUUCGGUUUGUGGAGAAGAAUAAUGAUGCCCUCCACAUGUCCUUGGAAAGCUUAGUUUGUGAAUCAAAAGACAAAUUUGUUCGAGAGCUGUUUGAGAACUCCAACACCUCCAAGGACUCCAAACAGAAGGCGGGGAAGCUCAGCUUCAUCAGCGUUGGGAAUAAGUUCAAGACCCAACUGAACCUGCUGCUGGAGAAGCUUCGUAGCACUGGUUCAAGUUUCAUCCGCUGUGUAAAACCCAAUCUGAAGAUGGUCAGCCACCAGUUUGAAGGAGCUCUUAUCCUCUCCCAGCUGCAAUGCUCAGGAAUGGUGUCGGUGUUGGACCUGAUGCAGGGGGGCUUCCCCUCCAGGGCUCCUUUCCAUGAGCUUUACAACAUGUAUAAGCAGUAUAUGCCGGAUAAGCUGACACGGCUGAAUCCUCGGCUUUUCUGCAAGGCUUUGUUCAAAGCUCUAGGAUUGAAUGAUAAGGACUUCAAGUUUGGACUGACACGGGUGUUCUUCCGCCCCGGAAAGUUUGCCGAGUUCGACCAGAUCAUGAAGUCCGAUCCAGACCACCUCGCAGAGCUGCUGAAGAAAGUCAACAAGUGGCUGUUGUGCAGCCUCUGGAAGAAGGUCCAGUGGUGCUGCUUGUCUGUCAUCAAACUUAAGAACAAGAUGAGUUACAGAGCUGUGGCCUGCAUCAAGAUUCAAAAGACUGUCCGCAUGUGGUUGUCUAAGAAGAAGCAUAAGCCACGAAUCGAUGGUAUGGUGAAGGUUCGAAGCCUGAAGAAACACAUGGAAAGGUUCAAUGAGGUGGUGAACGGGCUGAAGGAGGGAAAACAGGAGAUGGCCAAGCAAGUUCAGGAGCUGGCUGCCGCCAUAGAUGCUCUGUUAGCGAAGAUAAAGACCACAGUGAUGACCAGGAAGGAGAUCGACACGGAGUAUCAGGGACUGGUGAAACGUUCAGAGCAGCUGCUUGCUUCCAUGCAAAAGAAGAAGCAGGAGGAAGAGGAGAGAGAGAGACUGAAAUGCAUCGAGGAGGAGAUGGAGAAAGAGAGAAAGAGCAGGGAGCAGGAAGAGCAGCGACGCAAACAGGAGGAAGAAGAGAGACGACUGAAAGCAGAGAUGGAGCUGAAAAGAAAACAAGAGGAGGAGGACAGAAAAAAGAGAGAGGAAGAGGACAAGGCUAUGCAGGCCGAGCUUGAAAUCCAAUUGGCUCAGGAACGUGAGGAGCAGGCCCAACGUGCUGCCGUACUCGAGCAGGAGAGAAGAGACAGGGAGUUAGCCAUGAGAAUUGCUCAGAAUGAGGCCGAGCUCAUAACUGAUGAAAGCCAGAUGGAUGCAGCCCUUCGCAGUGAUGAGUUUUUUUCAGAUCUUCCUAUCUCUUCAUCCUCAGCCAGAGCCAUAGGUCCUCAGGUGCAGGCAACCAAAGCUGCUGCUGGUGUGAAAAAGUACGACCUUAGCAAGUGGAAGUAUGCUGAGUUGCGAGAUGUCAUCAACACAUCCUGUGACAUUGACCUGCUGGCAGCCUGCAGAGAGGAGUUUCACCGUCGUCUGAAGGUCUAUCAUGCAUGGAAGUCCAAGAACAAGAAACAAAAUGAUGACGGGAGCGAUCUGAGGGCUCCUAAAUGUGUCACUGACUAUGCUGAACAGAACCCAGCUCCUCCGAUGACGGCCCAGCAUCAAGAGGUAGCCAUGAACCGGCAGCAGCGUUAUUUCCGCAUUCCUUUUAUCCGACCCGCUGACCAGUACAAGGAUCCCCAGAAUAAAAAGAAGGGCUGGUGGUAUGCCCACUUUGAUGGGCCCUGGAUAGCCAGACAAAUGGAGCUUCAUCCAGACAAACGACCCAUCGUGCUGGUCGCAGGCAAAGACGACAUGGAGAUGUGCGAGCUGAGCCUGGAGGAGACCGGUUUGACCCGGAAGAGAGGGGCGGAGAUCCUGCCCAGGCAGUUUGAAGAAAUCUGGGAACGCUGUGAUGGAAUUCAGUACUUGAAGAAAGCCAUUGAGAACAAGCAGGCCCGCCCUACAUACGCUACCGCCAUGCUUCAGAACCUCCUCAAGUGAACCGCAACACACAAGAUAAGGGAAAAGUCAAAAGUUUGGUCUACGCCCUGAGACACAACACAACACUACACAGAGACAAAUAUAAAAGAUGCACAGUCAGGUUGCAGAACACUGCACCCACAGUAACCACAGACAAAGAUGCCCUAUACACACUCUUUCUGUAGACAAUUUAUGAUUUACUUUAUGCUGAUUAUUUUUAGAUUUUUAACAUUUCUUUACAGCUUGCGGUAGAACAUCUCAGUGAUGUAGCAUUAUGACUUGUGGGGGGUUUUCUCAAUCGAUGUUUGAAUAGAAUAUCUGACCGUGAGGCCUUAUAUUGCAAUAACAUUACAUCACAGAAGCCUUAAUUGGUGCAUAGCCUUUUUAGCUAUAAACCCAAAACCUUAAUGGUCUGCAAAAGCAACAAUAUAUUAGACAGAAUCAUGAAAACCUCAGCAGACAUGCUUUUAAGGGUCUAUAACUGUCUUCUAAUUCUUUAUGGGUUUUCUGAAUAUUACAACCAUAAUUGCCAUUUAGUGUCUAUAAAUAGCUGCGAUGUGGCUAUGAAUAAUUGCCCAUGCACUAGCGGCUCGUAUGAGAUGACAGUAAUGAAAAACACCACAUUUAUUUGUCAGAUUUGCCUAAAGUACUUAAAGGUGACAAUCAUGAAUACAAGGCCAUACAACCAAGAGUCAAAUUAAAUUCACUUUGUAUAGAUUAUGUGCAUCUAAUGUAAUAAUGUGAAAUAUCACAGGUCAAAUAUAGAAGACUGUAAUGUUAUAAGUCAUACUCACAACUGCUCACAACACAGCCUAAUGAAGUAGGAUAUAUUUUUCUGGCAGAAUAACAAUAAGUUGAUUUAAUUAUUCAUUAACAAGCUCUGACAACUCAACGGAAUUUCAUGAAAAAAGGAAACUUCUUUUGUACUGUUGCUCAUUUGUUAUCUGAGAGGGAAUUGUUUUCAUGUUUGCAGUUUUCUGGGUUUGGGGUUGUUUUACAGACAGUCACUUGUGUGCGUGCGUGCGUGUGUGCUGUGUGUGUUUAUGUAGUAUUUUCUUAAGUUGAUUACUUGACUCCUCAGUUGGUUAUGCCAGGAAUGUUUCAGUCAUCUUAUUCAAGCGUCAAUCUUUGUUUAAAAUGUAGUAGUCAAGAGUAAUGUAACUAUUGUUAUGUGUUUUUCUUUGGUUUUCUCUUGUAUGUUGGCCUUGAAACUGGAAGAUUGUAGAAAAUAAACAUAUUCCUGGA